UUCAUCGGGCUCUCUCCCUUUUCUGGUGAACCCAAAAUAACAACUAAGCCUCCAGUUCAGGGUCUCGUGACCUUUGAAGACGUCGCUGUGUAUUUCUCCGCGGAGGAAUGGUCUCAACUAGAUCCUGAACAAAAAGCCCUUCAUAAAGAAGUCAUGCUGGAGAACUCCAGAAAUGUGGCUUCCCUGGUUGCCCUUAACAGGACGAAAAGGCAACAGAAUUUUUCAGUAAGAAGCAGUAAGAAACCAAGAUUGGAAUCAGUUAUAUCAGAAUUGGUCGUGGAUGAUAUAAAACAGGCACAAGCACAACCACUCCAGCCACUCCAACUUGGAGAAAGCAGCCCGUCAGUUAUUGAAAUAAAUAACGAUACCUCCAAAAUUGAAAACAGUCUUCCUGAAUGCUGGACACUGCAACAAUAUAACAAUUUUAAAGGAAAAUAUGAUGGAUUGGAAAUUUCUAACAAAAAGUUAGGUUGCCAGUAUUGUGCAAAACAUGAUUUCCAAAAAAUGAAUAGUCAUGUGUCAAAGGAGUGGAAAUAUUUUCAGAUUGAGGCAGCAGGGAGAAGUAGAGAUGUAAAACAAGCUUCUCUAAGGAAAAAAAUGAAAGAACAUUUUUCAUCAAAAGCUCAUAAUAUUUGUAAAGAAAUUAAACAAUACGAGCAGGCUUCAGUAGCAAAAU